UCGCUAAAAAAAUAAGACCUGCAGGCAGCCUCGGGUCGGUUCGAGCAGCCGACACCUGCCACUCGCGCCGCCGCCGCCGCUAGGGCUUCCUCCCUCCACGCCGCCCGCGAUCGCCGCCGCCAGCGGGGGAGAUGGCGGACCGGCUGACGCGGAUCGCGAUCGUUAACGAAGACCGCUGCAAGCCCAAGAAGUGCCGCCAGGAGUGCAAGAAGAGCUGCCCCGUCGUCAAGACCGGGAAGUUAUGCAUUGAAGUUGGUCCGGCGUCCAAGGUUUCCUUCAUCUCUGAAGAGCUGUGCAUCGGUUGUGGUAUUUGUGUCAAGAAAUGCCCAUUUGAUGCCAUCGAGAUCAUCAACCUCCCAAAAGACCUGGAAAAGGAUACCACCCAUCGCUAUGGGCCAAAUACAUUCAAAUUGCACAGGCUGCCUGUACCAAGGCCUGGUCAAGUUUUGGGACUUGUUGGAACCAAUGGAAUUGGAAAGUCCACAGCGCUUAAAGUCUUAGCUGGCAAGCUGAAACCAAAUUUGGGACGAUUCAAAAAUCCACCUGAUUGGCAGGAGAUCCUUACAUACUUCCGUGGCUCUGAACUUCAGAAUUAUUUUACACGUUUAUUGGAGGAUAACAUGAAGGCAAUCAUUAAGCCUCAGUAUGUUGACCACAUUCCAAAAGCUGUCCAUGGAAAUGUCGGGCAAGUACUUGAGCUGAAAGAUGAGAGGGAUAUGAAAGCUGAGCUGUGCGUUGACCUUGAAUUGAACCAAGUUAUUGACCGAAAUGUGGGAGAUCUUUCUGGCGGUGAGCUCCAGAGAUUUGCAAUAGCAGUUGUUGCUGUGCAAAGUGCAGAAAUUUACAUGUUUGAUGAACCAUCAAGUUAUCUUGAUGUUAAGCAGAGACUGAAGGCUGCACAAGUCAUUAGGUCCUUGCUGAGAUCGAACAGCUACGUCAUUGUUGUGGAACAUGACUUGAGCGUCUUAGAUUACUUGUCCGACUUCAUUUGCUGCUUAUAUGGAAAGCCGGGAGCUUAUGGUGUAGUUACACUGCCAUUUUCAGUCCGAGAAGGUAUCAAUAUUUUCCUGGCUGGAUUUGUUCCAACUGAAAAUCUUCGGUUCCGAGAUGAAUCUCUUACAUUUAAGAUUGUGGAUACACAAGACAACGCGGAGGAGAUUGAAGCAUACCAACGAUACAAGUACCCUACCAUGAGCAAAACCCUAGCAGAUUUCAAGCUCACUGUCAUGGAAGGUGAAUUCACUGAUUCUCAGAUUGUUGUGAUGCUUGGUGAGAACGGGACAGGGAAAACUACAUUCAUCAGAAUGCUGGCUGGGCACUUGAAGCCAGAUACCGUGGAUGGAGUUGAGAUCGAAAUUCCUGAAUUUAAUGUGUCCUACAAGCCCCAAAAGAUUAGCCCAAAAUUCCCGGGCUCAGUGAGGCAACUGCUUCAUAAGAAAAUACGCGAUUCAUAUACUCAUCCUCAGUUUAUAUCCGAUGUAAUGAAGCCACUACAAAUUGAGCAGCUCAUGGAUCAGGAGGUGCUGAAUUUAUCAGGUGGAGAACUCCAAAGGGUGGCUCUAUGUCUUUGCCUUGGACAGCCUGCAGAAAUCUACCUUAUUGAUGAGCCGAGUGCGUACCUCGAUUCGGAGCAGCGCAUUGUCGCCUCGAAGGUGAUCAAGAGGUUCAUCCUCCAUGCCAAGAAGACGGCGUUCAUCGUCGAGCACGACUUCAUCAUGGCAGCCUACCUUGCGGACAAGGUGGUGGUCUACGAAGGGCGCCCCUCCGUCGAGUGCACUGCCUGCACGCCGCAAUCCCUGGUGUCUGGGAUGAACAGGUUCCUAUCGGUUUGGACCAAAUCCAUUGCAUAUAAGAAAUUAUCUGCAAUGCGUCGCGCCUUGUCAAAUCCUGGCUGGUCGUUGUUAACGAGCAAACACCUUGACAUCACGUUUCGGAGGGACCCGACCAACUACAGGCCUCGGAUCAACAAGAUGGACUCAACCAAGGACCGGGAGCAGAAGGCCGCCGGGUCCUACUACUACCUCGAUGACUGACUGAUUGGCGCACCGCCCCUCCGGAGAGAAUUCAGUUUGACUGAUCUUGUUUUUAGGUGAAUUGAAUUAUGCUCGGAUAGACAGACAUACCUGGGUUUGUCCCCGUUUUUGUCCUGGGUUUUAUACUGACGUUGGAGAGAUUUGGCAGAUGAGACAGCGAACUGCACCUGCUCUGUCCCAGGUCAAAAGCAACUCUGUUAUCUUUGUUACUUAAUUAGCAGCUACUAAUUGAAUUAGCAUACAUGCAAAGCCAGACCUGAUCUGAAUCGGAUGGUUAUGUUUCUGCUC